CUCGUGGCACCAACCACCCCUCAUACAAACUCUGCCGCACACAACAUAUAUUGCGCAAGAGAGCGCGGGUCUGUCCCCCGUCCUCCGCCUCCCUCACACGCGACUCUGACCGAGAGUGGACCAGCCAUUCAUCCAGCGCUCGCUGAAGCUGCAGCAUUCCCCACCGUAGCCCUCGGAGAGCAGCUAUGUUUUCCUGCAGAGCGGCCUGGCAGAGAUGUGGGCCUUUGGCACGGAGAGCAGCCUGCAGGUUGCCCCGAGACGUUGUGCAGCGACGGCAGAUGUCGUCGGUUCCAGGAGGUUCUGGUGAGAACAUUGUCUACGCCUUGCUGUGCGGCGGAGCCCUUGUCAGUGCUGUGUCAUACGCGUACGUCACUGUGACCUCAGACAGCGCCAGGUACAAUGAGCGUAUUGCACAAAUCAGGGCCAGACCCAAGACAGAGUGGGUACCUAAACCCUGGCCACCUAAGAGUAAAGAUGAUGAGGGUGAGGAGGAAGAGGCAGCUGACGAGGCUGCCAGCGGAGAGGCUGAGGUUGUGGAGGAGAAGGAGGAGGCUGCUGUUGCUGCUGCAGAGGACGCUGCUGUAGCUGCUGACAGCGAGGCAGAGGCUGCUGUAGAGGCAGUCGCUGAGGUCGUCGCCGAGGCCGCUGAAGUCGUUGCCGAGGCGGCGGAGGCCGUGGCCGAGGCUGCGCAAGAAGUCGAGAGCGUCGCAGAAGAAAUGGCCCAAGCGGCCGAAACUGUUGAGGAGGCCGCCCAAGCUGUCGCUGAGCCGGCCGCCGCCGUCGUCGCUGCGGAGGAACCCGAAAGCAACGUUCUGCUGGCAGCUGCCUCCACUCUAGAGGUACCGAAGAUAGCUGAAGUAAAGGAAGAGUUGGUACCCGUGGAAGUUCAGGUUGCACCCAAGGAAGAGCCCCCAGUACCAGUAGAAGCAAGUCCUGUUGAAGAAAUUGCUCCAGUUGAGGAGGCUACUAAGCCACCAGAAGUGGCUCCUGUACCAGUAGAAUCUGAAUCCACAGAAGAGGCCCCUGCAGCUACAGAAGAAUCUCCUGCACCAGCAGUUGAAGAGGCCCCUGCACCAGUGGAAUCUGCUUUGGAGGUUGAAGAGGCCCCCGCACCAGUGGAGGUUGCACCGGUGGUUGAAGAGGCCCCUGAGCCAGUGGAAUCUGCAUUGGAGGUUGAAGAGGCCCCUAAACCAAUGGAGGUUGCAGCAGUGGUUGAAGAGGCCCCUGCACCAAUAGAAGUUGCAGCAGUGGUUGAAGAGGCCCCUGAACCAGUGGAGGUUGCAGCAGUAGUUGAAGAGGCCCCUGCACCAAUAGAAGUUGCAGCAGUGGUUGAAGAGGUUCCUGAACCAGUGGAGGUUGUAGCAGUAGUUGAAGAGGCCCCUGCACCAAUAGAAGUUGCACCAGUGGUUGAAGAGGCCCCUGAACCAGUGGAGGUUGCAGCAGUGGUUGAAGAGGCCCCUGCGCCAGUGGAGGUUGAAGCAGUGGUUGAAGAGGCCCCUUCACCAAUAGAAGUUGCAGCAGUGGUUGAAGAGGCCCCUGAACCAGUGGAGGUUGCAGCAGUGGUUGAAGAGGCCCCUGCACCAAUAGAAGUUGCAGCAGUGGUUGAAGAGGCCCCUGAACCAGUGGAGGUUGCAGCAGUGGUUGAAGAGGCCCCUGAACCAGUGGAGGUUGCAGCAGUGGUUGAAGAGGCCCCUGAACCAGUGGAGGUUGCAGCAGUGGUUGAAGAGGCCCCUGCACCAGUAGAAGUUGCAGCAGUGGUUGAAGAGGCCCCUGAACCAGUGGAGGUUGCAGCAGUGGUUGAAGAGGUCCCUGCACCAGUAGAAGUUGCAGCAGUGGUUGAAGAGGCCCCUGAACCAGUGGAGGUUGCAGCAGUGGUUGAAGAGGCCGCUGCACUGGUGGAGGUUACACCAGUGGUUGAAGAGGCCAGUGCACUGGUGGAGGUUGCCCCAGUGGUUGAAGAGGCCCCUGCACUGAUUGAGGAUGCCCCAGUGGUUGAAGAGGCCCCUGCACUGAUUGAGGAUGCCCCAGUGGUUGAAGAGGCCCCUGCACUGAUUGAGGAUGCCCCAGUGGUUGAAGAGGCCCCUGCACCAGUGGAGCUUACACCAGUGGCACUGGCUUCAGUAGAACCUGAUGUUGCCACAGCUUUAGCUGAAGAACCAGUCACCACCACAGCUGUGGAAGAAGCCGCUGCAGCCCCUGUGGAGACCGUGGCAGAAGAUCCAAAGAGAGAAUACAUUGUUGUUGUUCUGGAAGGAACACCUAAAGCAGACAAGAGGCCUAAGGUUCUGGGAGUGGGGCCAAUGACUGGUAGAAUCAUUCCAGCUCCAGAUGAAGACGAUGCCCCUGCUUCUGAGGGUAGGCGACGUCUUCUUAGGAUGCAAAUGCAGUAGUUCCAACUAAGUAAACAGUUCCUGAAUGAUGACGUUGUGUCCGGCGGUAGAAGAGGAUGUGCCUUUCACCAACACUUUCCCUUCCUCCUUUCACCCUGAAACACAAGGGACUAAUAUGUAGUUUCACUGUGAAGACACACAUUAUAUACAGUGUUAAGAUCAAUGGCUGCUCCAUGGAACCGUUGUCCCGCUGCAUUAGAAACGGCCCAUAUGGCCCAUUACUGUUACACUCCACAAUGACUUCCAUGUCUAUGACUCUAUAGACCCUGAUGAGUCCGCUCACUAGUUCAGCAGCUCUCUGGUCAAUCGUUUUUUUUUUGUUUUUUUUUUUUUUUUUUUUGUAGCUUCAAUAACUGUUCUUGAAACUUCUUUGAGUUGAAGUCUGUUUACAGAUGUGGACAAAGCUGAGCCAUUCAGUCCCUUAUUUCUUACUGUUACAGUUUACUGUCUGAAAAACACUCCAGUAGAUUACCUUAAUACCCACACCACAUCCUGUUAACCCCAUCACUGCCCAGCCCCAUUGUGAUGUGAACCCACAGUGUUAUCUCUUCAAGCGAGGGGUGUUUUCAGUCACCAGCAUUCUCGCCAUUAGCUGACUUCAGGUCGUCCUUCUGCUUCUGCUGCUGUGAAAAUGAACAGCCGGAAACACUUGCUGCGGCUGAUAGAGUACGUGUACUGUAGCUGUUUUACUACCUCAGUUUUCCCUCAUGCUUUCAGUCUUCCUGACACUGCAGACCUCUUCUUGAUGCUACGACAAUCACUAAGUCACCAAAAGAACCAAUCCCCUAACACUGAGUGAGGCAGAUGUUUGUUGAUUUGGCUUUUCUUUCCUUCCUUGUGAAAGAUUAAUACACAAGGAGCUGCUGCUGCUGCUGCACAGCUCUCAUUGGGUUAAAAGUCUCACACAUAUUUCACCUCUGGCCUCGCCUCAGUCUGCGCUGUCACAGGAGGUGUUUCACUGUUGACAUCUGGAUUAAAAAAAAAAAAAAAAAAACACCAGCUGUGACAUCAGUGAUUGGGAUGUGACCAGAAAUGAAGCAAACUUUGAAAGUUUCAUCCCACAGAGAGAAACACAGCAGGUGUCUUCUUCUCUACCUUUGUAGGUGAGUUUGUUCUUCCUUCCUCUUCGUAGACAAUCAGAUGAAUAUACAGUGAAUGUACACAAUGCAUCCAUCGUCAGAACUGAAAAGUCCCUCUCACAUCCUCUUUACCCACAUCCCCUCCUCAGCUAUUGAUUUGGAUUUAAGAAGGGAUUUCAAUAAGGGAUAUUGGUUUUUCCGUAGACUGAUGAUCAGUGUACAUUUUAGCUCAGCACCGUGGUUCAGUGAGGAAAAGUUCUCAGGGCGUUGAGUUGGGAAUUGAAUAAGCAGCAUCAUUUCUGUCAGUCCUUGCUUAUCUGUCCUUCCUUCUUAGAGCUUUCCUUGUUUUGUUCUAGCAGUCAGGCCUGUGUGGAUGUGUGAUUUAAGGGCUCGCAGGCAGAUAUGAUACAGAUGUGUUGGUGUGUUUGGGAGGGGUUACAGUAUGUGUGAAGAAACGUCUCCGGUGCGAAAUGCUUUGACAGCUCUGUUGCGGUUCUUCUCUUCUUUGAUUUCCUCUUUCACGUUUUCUCACCUCUGCUGUUGAAUUUCUGGCUUUCUUAGCUUACCGUACAGUAUGUGAAAUAGAUCUGAGGUUAUUGAAGGAAGAAUUGAACGUGAUUGUCAGUAUGUGUUUUAAAAAAAGCGGAAAUUAGAUUCAGGAAGUCCUUUGUGAUUGCAGGCAGGUUUCUGUAUUGGGAUGUGACUGGAUGCCCUGGAACAAAGGGCAACAACUGUGACUGUGAGGCGUUACUGUUUUUCUUGUUUUGCAAAAUAAAUAAAGAGGGA